UGGAACUACCGCCGUCGCCGCCAACUUCAGACGUCGGAUGGCAAGGGUCCAUCCGUCGCAGCUGCCGGUGCUGGUCGCAUCCAACCAUUUGCCAGUGCUACUUGUAAAAACUGGCGAUGGCAAGUACACUGCCACGUGGCAUGGAGAUCGCCUCCUCGCUUUCACGAUGGCGUUUUCCCAUCAAGACUUGUUUCGACCAUGCCGGCGUAAGAUUCGCUUCCUUGGCCGCGUGGAGCAAGCUGUGCCGAUACAAGACCGACCUGCCGUUGUUGAGGCUUGCGCCGCGGUCAACUGCAUUCCCGUGUUUCCCAGCCCAGACACAGAUGUGUCCUCCUACGAUGCAUUUUGCAGUGGCCCAUAGCGCUCAGUGUUUCAUAAUAUGGUGCAUCCGUCGACGUUGAUCUGCCCAUCCCACGUAGGUACGCUAACUGCGAAAUGGACCAUUAUGCGUACACA